CGCUCUAUUUUUUCCCGCCAUUUCCAGCUCGUCUUGAGAGCAGGUUGGUUUCGGUGAGAUCCGAGGCCUUCCGGGAUCACUGCGGUCAAACAGAAUGGAUUGGUUUCACUGCAACCGAUGUUUCCGAAAAGAUGGGGCCCAUUUCUUUGUCACCAACUGUGGCCAUAUUUUCUGUAAAAGAUGUGUGAUUCUGGAAAAAUGUGCUGUUUGUGGAACUGCCUGCAAGUAUCUGGCUCUUUCUGAUAAUCUGAAACCUCAGGAGAAGAUGUACUUCAAAAACCCUGUGGAGACAGCUUUGCAAUAUUUUAGUCACAUCUCUCAGGUGUGGAGUUUCCAGAAGAAACAAACAGAUCUCCUCAUCGCCUUUUAUAAGCACAGAAUUACAAAGUUAGAAGCAGCCAUGCAGGAGUCACAGCAAACACUGACCAACCAGGACAAAGAGCUGUCAGUCUUAAGGAAAGAGAAUGGAGAACUAAAGAAAUUUCAAGCCAUCGUGAAGGAAUCUCCAAGUUGGUACCAAGGAAGCAGAUUAAACACACCUCGACCAGUGGGCAUCACUUCUCCAUCUCAGUCAGUUACUCCACGACCCAUUUCUCAGCAUAGUAGCCAAGUGGUCAGUCGGUCCUCCUCAGUGGAGUCUACCCCUUAUAGAAUGGCUGGCUUUAGUGACUUGGGACAAGGAGCCAGAGGUCUUCAGGGAAGGAGCACUCCGAGGGAUUCUUUUACUGAAACCCCUUCACCGGCUUCUACUCACAGCCUAUCUUAUAGAGCUUCAUCUGCCUCCUCUGGACAGGGAGUCUUUUCUUUCAGACCGUCUCUAAAUAGUGGGGAUUCAGGUCACACAAGAGUCUUCACCCCUAAUAAUUCAGGUCAGAGGCAGAACAGAACUACACUGGGGAGCCUUCCUGGUUUCCAGCUACCAGUCCUACAGAAUCUCUACCAACAGAGGCAGAUGGGAUUAGCCAGAGAGAGAGAAGCAUGGAACACUCCCGGAUAGACCACCUUCAAGGUCUCACCUAUGCAUACUGCUGAAGUAUGGACAGAGGCAUCUCAUACUCAGUUAGGUGUGAUGCCCUUGGAAAAUGUACCCCUGCCUACGCUCGUUUCAUUGUGUACUUUCUCUCUCUCUCUCAAUCUUGACCCUAUACCGCUGUAUUACUUCCUAUGAAAGUGAUCAGGUCAGUCCUUCAGGAAGAUGUUUACUAUCUCUCCCACAGGAUACAGAUAGCUCCCUUGUUUCCUGCAACUUGAAACAAAGGUUAUAAAAACAAUUCUUGGCAUCAUUGGGGGUGGUGUGGGGUGAUAUACUUAUUAACCAUGUUUUAUUUAUGGAUUUCACUUUUUAGCUUUGUAUAUAUUCUCCCAUUGUCAGUUAACAAGCAGUAACUCUGUUCCUUGUCCUAUUAUAAUUUUUCUAUUUCCCUAUUGUUUCCUCUGUACCUAGAUACUGUUAAAUAUGUUGAUUUUCCUUUCUGUUUGGUAACAGUUGGAAACACAGGCUUGAAGCCCUACUAAAGUAU